UGACCUACAUUUACUUUUACUUCAGCCGCGCUAGCGCUUCAGUUCACAGGCAGUACAGCGCUAAGUUAUGCUUUGCUUCUCUUCGCUCAGACGCCCAUAACUUUGCCGUGGGCAAAAGGGAAAUAAGGCAGGGUGAAAUGGGAAGCUGCUGCAGCCAUUCAGAGCAGUGCAGGGACUCUGCUUUUGAAGGAAAACACUUAUUGAGAACUGCCUACCCUGAGAACACUCAUGUGGGCAAGAGUGAGACUGACAUACUGGACAAUGAAAAGGUGGAAGGAAAAGAAAGCCCACAUACUGGAAAAAGAAAAUACAAAACAGAUGACCCACUGGCAAGUCCAAAACCGCAAUCAGAAGUUCUCUUUGUGGAAGGAAAACAUGUGGAAAAUGAUUCACUGAAAUCUCAAAUCAGAAAUUCAGAUGACCUCUCUCCCAAAGAUGAACAUACUGUCUGCCAGACUGAUGUUGAAAAUGCAUCCAAGGAGAUACAAAAUGGGCUUUGUGAGGUUGAAAAUGCACCCACUGAAAACCCUGCUUGUAAGCUUGUGGGUGUAGACUUCGAGUCCUCCAUCCAAGAGAAAGAGAAUGGACCUGUAGGGUUCAUUUCUCAUAAGAGCACAGAAACCUAUUCCAAAGUUCUGUUCAAAACGGAUGAUGUUAAAGCUGUGGAGACUUGCAUCACUUCAGAUACACAUGUACGGGCUGACUUUCAAGGUACAGGGAAUGGACAUAUGGAUAACCACCUUUCAACAACUGUUGACAUAGAUGUACGAACUCCCUUGCAAAAGGUAAAGGAGGAGUGCUUACUUGUGGCUGAUAAUGUUACUCCAAAAGAAGCCCCAGUUAAAACUGGACAACAGGAUGCAAACAAUGCCCAGUUUGAAGCACCUGUAUUGGAAAAUGUAUGUCAUCUGACUCCCACAUAUUCUUCAAGUGAUGAUAUAAUUCCAGAAGAUCUCUUGGGUAACACUCAAACAAAGAAUCCAGAAGAUAAUUGGACCACGAUGUGCAAUCCCCUCCAAUCAAGUUAUUCCCCAGAAGAUUUUACAGAGGAGGUUGAGAUACCUCUAAGAAUUGAGUCUACAUAUGUGGAGCAGCACAACCUUACUGUCAACGGCACAAGGCAAGUCAAGACACCUGGGCAAGAUGAUGAUCAUGUAACCAAAACAAGUUCUGUCAGUCACUUGAAUGGGGAGACCAAGGCUGAGGAACCUCUAGAUGGAUUAGAGAGUCUGAGAAAGUUAUCAUCGGCAGACAUUGCACAUGUAAAAGAGGAAACAAAGGAAGAAGCAAGGAAGAAAAAGAGCGUGGAGGAUGGAAAGGAGGACCUUAAGCUACCUGAGAACAAAACAAAAAACAGUCCCACUGAUGUCCAAGCCUUGAUUCUGAAAGAAGUCAGAAAUGAAGGCGCUACUUCAUCCACAGAAGUGAAAACCAAUCCUGUACCAGAGGCAGGUGAAGGCAGCAGUGAGGAAGAUUUGUAUCGUGGAGAAGAGGAAAUUAAGGAUCAAAGCAAGGAGGAGCUUGAAUCACUGAUACAGGUCACAGAUCCCGGAACUCAAGAUAGUGCCAGUGUGAUAGAAGGAGUUGACAUUUUGACCUACAGUGAAAAAGAAUGGAGGGGACACACAGCAAAAAGCACCCUUGUUAGAAAGGGCUAUGCACUGUUAGCACAGAGGUUUGGGAGCCUCCGCAGGGUGAGGGGGGACAACUACUGUGCCCUCAGGGCCACCUUGUUCCAGGUUCUGUGUCAGUGUGAGGCACUUCCUGCCUGGAUUCAGGAAGAUGACAUUACCCAGCUACCGGAUAACUUAAAGAAUGAGGAGGAAGUGGUCAGAUCCUGGAGGUUUCCUAUGAAGUUUUGUGACGCAGAGAAGAGAAGCAACACCAUUGAGCAACUAAAGCACUGCCUUAAGCACUUCAAAAAUACGGCCAUGCAGUUGCAGGAGGCAACCCAGACCAGUGGCUCCGAAGAGAGGCAGCAGGUGUGCGGACGGGUGUUCCAGGGAGGCGAAGAAGAGUACGCACUUCUAGAAGCACUGAAGUUUCUGAUGCUGCACGUGGCCAUGGAGCUGUAUACACACAUGCAGAAUGGUGCCGAAGUCCCUGUCUUCUGCUGGCUCCUAUUUGCCCGUGAUACCUCUGAGACCCCAUUCACAUUCUUCGCUAACCACCUGAGCCGUGUGGGUUUCACCGGGGGCCUGGAACAGGUAGAGAUGUUUCUUCUGGGAUACACACUGCAGAGGACAAUUCAGGUGUACCGGCUAUACAAGGUGGAUACAGAGGAGUUUGUGACCUACUAUCCUGAUGAUCACAAGGAGGACUGGCCCAUUGUGUGUCUUGUCACAGAAGAUGACCGCCAUUACAAUGUCCCCACGGGUGAACUGACCAACUUGAAACUCCCAGGAGACUAGCCUCUGAAAGCUUCAGCUGGACAUCAGUCAUCAAAUAGUGAAUGAAAGAUCCUUGUAUCCUGUUUAAUUGUUCCUUUCUGUCGUGUUUCCAUUAUUGGAUGAGAGGGACGUCCACAGUGAUGCAAUGCUCAACUCCACUUUGUUACAAUAGCCAUCUGUGGUAAGGAAGCCAGGACCACAAAGUGGCCUGUGUUAAUUUCAGUAUGUAAGGUGGCUGGUCUCUGCUUGCCUUCAUUGUUCAGUGCAUCGCUCAGAGAUAGGCAACUGAGUAUUUACAUGGCUAUGGGUAGAAUUAAUCAAAUGUCGUAAUCCUUGAGGCAUGUCAAGUUACUCGAUGAGGCCUGCAGUCUGUACAGGUUUGCUCAGCUCGAGCAAGAUCCUGUGUUCACCUGUAAGAAAGUUGGUGUGGGUGUUGUGCUUUGAGGGGAAGAACUGAUUAACUGGACAUGAUAAAGUGCAUGAACAUGCUGCAAAAUUGUUAUAAAUUCUUUAACUACUUUGUUUUUGAACAAGUGACAGGUAGUAUAAGUUUUUGGUUCAAGUCCCAAGAGGGGCUCUAAUUGCAGUAUGGCACUUAAUUCCUUUGGUAAAACAUCAAACUGUAGAAACGUUCAAAAUUAAA